UAGUGACUCAAACAUGUUGUUCGCCCUUAAAUAUGCUUCUAUCAUUGUUACCUGUAUUUCAACAAAGAGAAAUAGCCUUCGUUGGCCCAUCACCAUGCCCCUGUUCGUCGCAACCCAGAUCCCAUGCCGCCUCCUGCCUACCGUCUGACGGUUCCACCGCCCUCCGCUACCGUCCGCCUCAACUCUCAAGAGCAUCCAACAACUCGUCAAUGGCCGCACCAAAAGGGUUACUCUCGCCAACAACGUCUCUCCGAACAAGAGCAAUAGCAGCUUCUGCUUCUCUUACAAAACCCCUUUCCACAUACGCAGUAAAAUCCCUCCAAACCCCAUCAACACCACAAGAAUCAGGACACAUCGACACAUUCUUAAUUGAGAAGAUUUUGAUGCGUUUGAAACAAGGUAAGCUCAAUUCCUCCAAAGAUUAUCUAUUUCAAUUAACCCCCUCUUCCUUUCUCGAUGUCAUUUAUCAUUGUCGUGAUAAUCCGCAACUGGGUCAAAAAUUUCUUGACACGGUCGCCUCAAAUCACCCGAAAUUUAGGCAUUCCUCGAUCUCUUUGAGUGCGAUAGUUCAUGUACUUUCCAGGAAUAGAAGGCUAUCCGAUGCCCAGGCUUUGUUGCUUAGAAUGAUUAGGAAGAGUGGCGUGUCACGCACCAUGAUCGUUGACUGUUUAAUAUCCACAUACGAGAAAUGUGGCUCCAAUCCCAUCGUUUUUGAUUUGUUGAUUCGUACAUAUGUGCAAGCUAGGAAGUUAAGAGAAGGCGUGGAAGCCUUCAAAUUAGUCACAAACAGGGGAAUUUCUGUUCCGAUAAACGGAUGUAACACUGUUCUUGGAGGCCUUGUUAAGAUCGGGUGGUUUGAUUUAGCGUGGGAGGUUUACAAUGAUGUCGUUUCAAAAGGGGUGGUUCAAUUGAACAUCUAUACAAUGAACAUUAUGGUGAACGCCAUUUGUAAGGAUCAUAACUUCAAAAAGGUGAAGCCUUUCUUGAUUGAAUUCGAGGCAAAAGGUAUUUCCCCAGAUAUCGUGACCUAUAAUACAUUGAUAAACGGUUAUUCACGUGUAGGCCUUCUCGAUGAAGCUUUUGAACUCAUGACCUCUAUGCAAAGUAAAGGAUUAAAACCGGGGCUUUACACUUAUAAUUCGAUUCUAAACGGGGUUUGUAAAACCAGGGGUUUGGAAAGAGCAAAAGAGAUAGUAAAAGAAAUGGUUCAUAAUGGGUUAAAUCCCGACUCCACUACUUACAACACCUUGUUAAUCGAAUGCUGUAAAAAGGGUAAUUCUAUGGAAGAAGCCGAAUCCAUUUUUCAAGAAAUCUUGAACCAAAAUGUGGGACCCGAUAUCUUGACUUAUACCUCACUUAUCGGGUUGUUUUCAAGAUCCGGAAAUCUUAAUCGGGCUUUAUUCUACUUCAAGAAUAUGAAAGAUUCCGGGUUGACACCCGAUAAUGUUAUUUACACAAUUUUAAUCAACGGGUUUUGCAAACACGGUGUGAUGUCGGAAGCAAUCAAGAUUCGGGAUGAAAUGAUUGAUCGGGGUUGUGUUUUAGAUGUUGUUACAUAUAAUUCACUUUUAAAUGGAUUAUGCAAAAGUAAAAUGCUUCAAGAAGCCGAUAAACUAUUUGACGAGAUGGUCGAACGAAGGGUAUAUCCGGAUUUUUACACUUUCGCAACACUUAUCAACGGGUACUCGAAAGAAGGAAACAUGAAAAAAGCGGUUAAUUUGUUUGAAUCCAUGAUUCAAAGGAACAUAAACCCUGAUAUCGUGACAUAUAACACUUUAAUCGAUGGGUUUUGUAAGGAAGGUGAGAUGGAAAAAGCUAAAGAUUUAUGGAAUGCUAUGAUAUGUAAAAAUAUUUUCCCAAAUGAUAUAACUUAUAGUAUUUUAAUUAACGGGUUUUGUAACACGGGUCAUGUGAAUGAGGCGUUACGGAUUUGGGACGAAAUGGUCGCGAAUGGGAUCGGGCCCACAAUUGUGACAUGUAACACGAUUGUUAAAGGGUAUUGUAGGGCAGGAUUAGUUAAAGAAGCGGGUUUAUUUUUUAAUCGAAUGGGGUUUAAUAAUGUUAGUGCUGAUAGUGUUACGUAUAAUACUCUUAUACAUGGGUAUUUGAAGGAAAAUGAUAUGGAUAAGGCGUUUGACUUGGUCAAUGGGAUGGAAAGUCAAAGGAUAUUUCCGGAUGUUGUUACGUAUAAUGUGAUUCUUGAUGGAUUUUGUAGAAAUGGGAGAAUGGAUGAAGCUGUUAUGGUUUAUGGGAAGAUGAUUGAGAAAGGUUUGAAGCCUGAUAGAUCGACAUAUGUAUUGAUGAUAAAUGGGUAUGUUUCAAAGGAGAAUAUGAAGGAAGCUUUUCGGUUGCAUGACCAAAUGUUGGAGAGAGGGUUUGCGCCUGAUGAUAAGUUUUGAUUUAGAUGAAUGUUCAAAAACCAUAAAAGAAGUUUAUAUUGAAAAAGUAAAAUUCCCAAAUUGCCCCUCUUAAUUCUUUUAAUCACAGCUUUGUCAUGCUGUGAUGUACCAUGGAUGAUAAUUACUAUAAGACCAUGAAACAGAAGAUAUAGGACAUAAACAACAUAAAAUUUUAUCAUAUGUAGUUAUUGUUGAUUAAUAUUGUUUCCAUUGCUCGCA